GCAACGGACCUGUGAUUCUGAAAGAAAUACCACGCAAAUCUGCCACAUCUCCCCCUGUUAUUUACGCCAAAUCUCCCACAAAAACAACGCAAGGCUUUGGAGGAUCUACGCUACUCUUCAAAUUUGGCGUCUUCCACCAUCACAGUAUUACGGUUUUUACCUGUCGGUUAGUUUUUCCAUUAUCUCGCACAAGGACUGAUUAUUUUAGACACGACCAGGCAGCAGUUUGCUAAAUCGGGGCAAUAUAGAGGGGAGGGGGCUCACCCAGUGACCCAGGAAAUGCUUUGAAGCUUUUGUGUGUGCUGUAAUAAAGUCAAACAACACGCGUUUAUCAGCUUGCAGUGGCUGUCAGAGAGGCAAAAGGCACCCGAUGGAUAGCUCUGAUUAAAAUGCCAUAAUUAAAACAUGCUGUUCACAAGAGUCUGCAGACUGUUUCCUACUAUGUCCGUUUCACUGGCAUUACCGAGACGCGGAGUUAUCAGUAGCGGGAUGGCCUCAGACCUGUCGGAGAUAACCCGGUUCGACUUUCUGGUGGUCGGCGGCGGGUCUGGAGGUCUGGCCGGGGCUCGGCGAGCGGCGGAGCUCGGAGCAGCUACCGCCGUGAUCGAGAGUCACAAACUCGGAGGUACCUGCGUCAAUGUUGGUUGUGUCCCUAAGAAGGUGAUGUGGAAUGCAGCAGUUCAUGCCGAAUAUCUGCACGAUCAUGGUGAUUAUGGCUUUGAAACUGGAGACGUUCGUUUCAGUUGGGAAACCCUAAAAGCCAAGAGGGAUGCGUACGUCAGUCACCUAAAUCGCAUUUAUCGCAACAAUCUUGACAAAGCUAAAAUCCAAACCAUUCAAGGUUAUGCCAGGUUUACAAACGAUCGUGAGCCGACUGUGGAAGUCAAUGGAAGAAAAUAUACAGCACCUCACAUCCUCAUCGCCACUGGAGGACAACCUUCUGUUCUGAGUGAUGCAGAAGUGCCAGGGGCAAGCCUGGGCAUUACCAGUGAUGGCUUCUUUGAACUUGAAACACUGCCAAAACGCAGUUUGGUUGUGGGUGCUGGUUAUAUUGCAGUGGAGAUGGCGGGCAUUCUUUCCACCUUAGGGUCCAAAACAUCCCUCAUUAUUCGACAGACAGGAGUUUUGAGGAACUUUGACGCCUUUAUCAGUGCAAACUGCACCAAAGAACUGCAAAACUCUGGUAUCGAUUUGUGGAAGAACUCUCAGGUGAAGUCUGUGAGUAAAACGGACAAGGGGCUGGAGGUGACGGUGGUUACCAAAGACCCAGAGAAGAAGAAUGACGAGGAGAAGAUCAGUACCAUCCAGGGAGUGGACUGCCUUCUCUGGGCCAUCGGCAGGCAGCCCAAUACAGCUGGACUGAACAUCGGCGAGAUGGGUGUGGAUACAGACGAAAGAGGCCACAUCAUCGUGGAUGAGUUUCAGAACACCAGUCGAUCGGGGAUCUACGCUGUCGGGGAUGUUUGUGGCAGAGCUCUUCUCACACCUGUUGCCAUUGCUGCAGGCAGAAAGCUGGCGCACAGACUGUUUGAAGGAAAGAAGGACUCCAAGUUGGACUACGCCUGUAUUCCCACUGUGGUGUUCAGCCACCCACCCAUCGGCACGGUGGGCCUCACAGAGGAGGAGGCCAUUAAAACCAGAGGGAAGGAGAAUGUGAAGAUUUACAAGACUUCUUUCACACCAAUGUAUCACGCUAUCACCAGCAGGAAGAGUCAGUGCAUCAUGAAGCUGGUGUGUGUGGGCAAAGAGGAGAAGGUUAGUGUCAUCUCUUCUCCAGACAACAGGCUCUAAAUAAAUGGGACUCUAGCGCAUUAUUACUGUUACCUAAAU